GCUUAGAUGCAGCAGAACUCUUCCACACAGCAGUGGUGUCUAGCAAACUCUAGCAUGGUCCAGAGAGGUGUCUCCCACUGAUUACUGUGUAAGUUCAUAGCUUCAGGGAAAGUCCGCAGUGAAACACCUGCUUUUGACCAAGAGCAGAAGUUUUCUAAAUAAAUUGAAGGGUUCGUCAGAAACCGUCUUGAACUUGAGCAUAAUAUACACAGCGUUUAUUUUGCUACACAGCCUCGCCACCCAGUCCUGUCACGUCGCAUCACUAGACUAUAGAUAUUUCAACUGGCUAAAGGCAACUUCAGACUUAUAUAAUGUAACAGAAAAGGUCAGGAAACAUUAACCAGUAGAAGCGUGGAGCAUAUUAAGCAAGAUGAACCUCUCAGGAAGCAGUUGUGGAAGCCCUAGUUCUGCAGAUGUAUCUAAUGAUUUCAAGGAUCUUUGGACAAAACUGAAGGAGUAUCAUGAUAAGGAAGUACAAGGUUUACAAGUGAAAGUAACCAAACUGAAAAAGGAACGAAUUUUAGAUGCACAAAGACUAGAAGAAUUCUUCACCAAAAAUCAACAGCUGAGAGAGCAACAGAAAGUCCUUCAUGAAACCAUUAAAGUGUUAGAAGAUCGAUUAAGAGCAGGAUUAUGUGAUCGCUGUGCAGUAACUGAAGAACAUAUGCGGAAGAAGCAACAGGAGUUUGAAAAUAUUCGGCAGCAGAAUCUUAAACUUAUCACAGAGCUUAUGAAUGAAAAGAACACUCUACAGGAAGAAAAUAAAAAGCUUUCUGAACAGCUGCAGCAGAAAAUUGAGAAUGAUCAACCACAUAAAGCAACUGAUCUUGAAUCUGAGGAAGAUGUUAUUCCAGAUUCACCAAUAACAACCUUUUCAUUUUCUGGCACUAAUCGGCUACGAAGAAAGGAGAACCUCCGUGUCCGAUAUAUAGAGCAAACACAUGCUAAACUGGAGCACUCUGGCUGUGCACAUGAAUUGAGAACAGUACCAAAGUCUUCAGCUCACCCACAACAUAAACCUCAGGAAAGUGAAAUUCUAGUGGCUGACACUUGUGAUCAGAGUCAAGCUCCAGUGGCUAAACCACAUGGAAAAAGCAGUUAUCCUCCUGAUAAUUUAGCUACAGUAGUUGCUGAAACACUUGGACUUUGUGUUCAAGAAGAAUCUGAAUCUCGAGGCCCUCGGAGCCCUCUUGGUGAUGAGCUCUACCACUGUCUGGAAGGAGAUCACAAAAAACAAGCUUUUGAGGAAUGUAGAAGAAAUAGUGAAGAUAAUUUAAGGUUUUCAGAUUCAAAGACUCCUCUUCAAGAAGAAUUGACUACUCGGGUAUCAUCUCCUGUAUUUGGAGCUUCCUCUAACGUGAAAAGUAGUUUAGGUUUGAAUACAAGUUUGUCCCCUUCUCUUUUAGAGACUGGGAAAAAAACCCAUCUGAAAACCGUGCCCCUCAGCAAUACUUCUGCUUCUGGACCAGAGAAACCUAGAUCAAAAUCUGAAGAUGGAGCCCUUAUCACACAUCAUCUUCUUGGGACUGAAGUGAACAAGAUCCCUAGUCAGUCAUCUUCUAAUAAGCAGAUACUUAUAAAUAAAAAUACAAGUGAACCUGUAAGUGAGCAGGAUAGUAUUGAUCACAUUAAAGAUACUGAUAAAGAUAAAUAUGUGGUACCACUGAAGUCACUGGGAGGCAGAACCAAAAGGAAGAAGAUUGAGGAAGAAAGUGAAGAUGAAGUAAUCUGUCCCCAAGCCUCCUUUGAUAAAGAAAAUGCUUUUCCUUUUCCACUGGAUAGUCAUUCUUCCAUGAAUGGAGACUACGUGAUGGAUAAACCUCUGGAUCUGUCUGAUCGAUUUUCAGCUAUCCAACGUCAAGAGAAAAGCCAAGGAAGUGAGAACUCUAAAAUCAGAUUUAGGCAAGUGACUCUCUAUGAGGCUCUGAAGCCCAUUCCAAGGGACUCUUCCUCAAGCCGCAAGGCCUUGAGCGGGAGCUGUGGGCUAACCAAAGACUCCCCGGAAGAACCCUGUUUACAGGAGUCCCUUUUCCAGUCCUUGAGUAAAUCUCCAGAUAAUAAAACACUGUUACAAAUAAAGGAAGAAAACCCAGUAUUUAAAAUCCCUCUUCGUCCACGUGAAAGUUUGGAGACAGAGAAUCUUUUUGAUGACACAAAGGGUGCUGGUUCUCAUGGGCCUAUAAAGAUGAAAACCAGAUCACUCCGUGGAGCAUGUGAAGUUGCAUCAGUUCUUCAGUUAAAUCCAUGUAGAAUUGCUAAAACAAAAUCUCUACAAAACAACCAAGAUGUAUCCUUUGAAAAUAUCCAGUGGAGUAUAGAUCCAGGAGCAGACCUUUCUCAGUAUAAAAUGGAUGUUACUGUAGAUGAUACAAAGGAUGGCAGUCAGUCAAGAUUAGCAGGAGAGACAGUGGACAUGGACUGUACGUUGGUUAGUGAAACCAUGCUCUUAAAACUGAAGAAGCAAGAGCAGAAGGGAGAAGAGAGUCCAAAUGGAGAAAGAAAGAUGAAUGAUAGCUUGGAAGAUAUGUUUGAUCGGACGACACAUGAAGAAUAUGAGUCCUGUUUGGCAGAGAGCUUCCCGCAGGCAGCAGAUGAAGAGAAGGAAUUGUCAACUACUACAAAAAAAACAAACACUCCUGGUGAUAAACAAGAUAAAGUCAAACAGAAAGCAUUUGUGGAGCCGUAUUUUAAAGGUGAUGAAAGAGAGACUGAAUUACAAAAUUUUCCUCAUAUUGAGGUGGUUCGGAAAAAAGAAGAGAGAAGAAAAUUGCUUGGACACACAUGUAAGGAAUGUGAAAUUUAUUAUGCAGAUUUUCCAGCAGAAGAAAGAGAAAAGAAGUUGGCUUCCUGCUCAAGACACCGAUUUCGCUAUAUUCCACCCAACACACCAGAGAAUUUCUGGGAAGUUGGUUUUCCUUCUACUCAGACAUGUAUGGAAAGAGGUUACAUUAAAGAAGACCUUGAUCCUUGUCCUCGUCCAAAAAGACGGCAGCCUUACAAUGCAAUGUUUUCUCCAAAAGGCAAAGAGCAGAAGACAUAAAUGUUGAAGCAAAAACAGAAGAGAGGACAAUUUUCUUUUUAGUUAUUUAUAGUUAAAGUUGGUGUUAAACCUUGAUUUUUUUUUGAUCUUCUGUAAACUGGUUUAUAAAUCAUUUUUCUAUUGAAAA